AUGGAAUCCAAACAAAGAACUGAACUUCUCGUUAAUGCUACUGCUCGAACACAACAGCUAUUAAGUAAAGAUGCACCAUUUUCAUUUGAUACAGUAUCUAUUUAUGGUAGACAUGAAUUUCGAUAUAUAUAUGAUAAACCAAUGAAAAAAGGUGAUUCAUCUUGGUAUAUGGAUCAAGUAUUAUGUUCAAUGUUAUUAACAGAUUAUCGUGAAAAAAAUAAAAAUUUAAAAAUCAGCGAACGUGGUCGUCCGAUGCGUCUUGAUCGUGCUGCUGGUAUUGGAUAUUGGAAUCGUGAUGCAUUUAGCCAGUUUGGUGAUGCUCAUUUAAUUCAUGAUACGAUUUUACAAGAACAUAAUUGGAAAAUCUUUAAUAAAUUACUCAAAGCUUUAUUUAAUGAAAGUCUUGUUAAUAUGUUCAAUGAUUAUCAUCGACAAUAUAUGAUUAAAGAGAAAAAAGUAUAG